AUGGCCACCCCUGCCCACGUUCCGCUCAUGGCCACCCCUGUUCACGUUCCGCUCAUGGCCACCCCUGUCCACGUUCCGCUCAUGGCCACCCCUGUUCACGUUCCGCUCAUGGCCACCCCUGUCCACGUUCCGCUCAUGGCCACCCCUGUUCACGUUCCGCUGUGUCCACGUUCGCUCAUGGCCACCCCUGUUCACGUUCCGCUCACCCCUGUCCACGUUCCGCUCAUGGCCACCCUGUUACGUUCCGCUAAAGGCCACCCCUGUCCUCGUUCCAAUCAUGGCCAACCCUGUCCACGUUCCGCUCAUGGCCACCCCUGUCCACGUUCCGCUCAUGGCCACCCCUGUCCACGUUCCGCUCAUGGCCACCCCUGUUCACGUUCCGCUCAUGGCCAACCCUGUCCACGUUCCGCUCAAGCUUGGGUUUAG